UUUGUUUUUUUUUUUGCCGAGGCGCACUUCACCACCGAUGCUUCCGGUGAAGAGAACCACGCAAAGGUUAUACUCCACGGACUCGAAGAAGAAGUCGUUCUCGGAUCCAGUCUCACCAACUCCUACAUCCAAUCGAAUCGUCUCGAUUUCGCCGCCGCUUCCUUCGAUCGAAUCCCUCCCCGGAAGAGGAACCGUUACUCGUGGAACACGGCUUUCUCCGGGUACUCCAAAUCCAAGAAUCACUGCGAAAGCUUGCGUCUUUACAAUCGCAUGAGGAGGGAAUGUGACGGCGGCGGCGUCGACAGUUUCAAUUUGGUGUUCGCGAUCAAAGCUUGCGUGGGGUUAGGGUUGUUAGAGAAUGGGGUUCUGAUUCACGGAUUGGCGAUGAAGAAUGGGUUGGAUAAGGAUGAUUAUGUUGCUCCGUCGUUGGUUGAGAUGUAUGGAGAGUUUGGUGGUAUGGAAGAUGAGCAGAAGGUGUUCGACGAAAUGCCUCUGAGAAGCUCGGUUCUUUGGGGGUUUUUGAUGAAAGGGUAUUUGAGAUACUCGGGAGACUCUGAAGUGUUUCGUUUGUUUUAUCUCAUGAGAGAGGCGGUUGGAGAUGAUAAUGCGCUUACGUUGAUAUGUUUGGUGAAGGCUUGUGGGAAUGUCUUUGCCGGUAGAGAAGGGAAGUCGGUGGACGGUGUAUCCAUCAGAAGGGGGUUUAUAGAUCAGAGUGGUUAUCUACAAGCCUCUGUUGUAGAUAUGUAUGUGAAAUGCAGGUUGUUGGAUAAUGCUAGAGAGAUGUUUGAAAGAACUGUUGAUAAGAAUGUGGUGAUGUGGACAAUGCUGGUUUCUGGAUUUGCGAAAUGUGAGAGAGCUGUUGAAGCGUUUGAUCUGUUCAGGGAGAUGCUGGGAGAAAGGGUUCUUCCGAAUCAAUGUACUUUAGCGGCACUUCUUGUUGCUUGCUCGAGCUUGGGGUCUCAGAGUCACGGGAGAAGUGUUCAUGGCUACAUGAUAAGGAAUGAGAUUGAAAUGGACGCUGUGAAUUUUACGUCUUGAAUGGCUAGGAAGGUUUUCGAUAUGAUGCCGGAUAGCUCUAUGAACAAUGCUUUUGGGAUAAAUGGUAUGUUCGAGGAAGCUCUGGAUUGUUUUGGUAAAAUGAAGUCGCGGAACGUAACUCCAAACUCUGUGACAUUUGUAUCGCUUUUGUCGGCAUGUAGCCAUUCGGGAAACAUCGAAGAAGGACGGAAGCAGUUUGCGUCGAUGACAAGAUACUACGGGAUUGCACCAGAGGAAGAGCAUUACGCGUGUAUGGUAGACUUGCUAGGUCGAGCUGUUGAAGUUGAGGAAGCUAAGUCUUUUAUUGAUAGCAUGCAUGUGAAACCAAUGGCCAGUGCUUGGGGAGCUCUUCUGAAUGCAUGUAGAAUCCAUAAAAAUGUAGACUUAGAAGAAGAAAUAGCAGAGAAGCUCUUAUCCGUGGGAUCCAAUGAAUCAAGCGUCUACGUGUUGCUUUCCAACAUAUAUGCUGACGCUGGGGUGUGGGAGAUGGUGAAUAGCGUGAGACAGAAAAUGGGCAUCAAAGGAUAUACAAAACCGAUGGGACUAUCUGCUAUUGAAGUCUGCUAGAAACAUUCAGCUAUUGAUUGAUCCUGCAUCUUAGUUUGACGAAUAAGAAUCGACAAUAUAGAGAGAUGACUGAUAUAUAACUGUGACACAGUUACUUAGAGUGAAUUUUGUAACUCAAAAAUCUCACAGAUGAGCAUCUAGUGACAGGCUCCAGAUGAGUAAGUAGCUUUUAGUAAUGAAGCAUUCAAAAGAACUUGAGACGUAUGGCUGCAAUCCUUGGAGAGAUGAUUGGUUCGGGGAAGAGCAUCUGAGAGAUUUCUACCUACUGGGUGCCGUUUUCAAGCAGACUCACAAGACAUAACAGCUUUUUAUCCUCUCAACAGUGCAAUCAAUGUUGUUAACAGUUGCAACAGAGCCAAGUGACAACUUAGCCGUGGGAACAGAGUCAGCCAGAAUCUGAAAAGCAACAGUCAACAACGACCCUCCUUCUCCUCCAGCGGCUCCACCAUUUUCAUUACCAUAUGUUCUUUUGGAUCAAACCAGCAAUUCUAUCCCAGUAAUCAUUUGAUAAACACUAUGCAAGCUGCACAACAGAUCCAGCAGCUCCAAAUUCAUUCUCAGAAACAACAACAACAGCAGCAGCAGUUUCAGUUUCAUCAACAGAAGCAACUGUAUCAGCUUCAGCUUCAGCAACAGCAGGGACAACAAAGCGGUGUGGCGGAGCCGAGAAGGCCGAUGUCUUCUUCGGGUCAGAAAGAGAGUGUGACUUCAUCGCCUGAUCUUGAGCCUCCCUCGACAAAAGACUGAAGAGUGUUGUUGACUGUGUUAUUGUUCAGUUUGGUGAGGUGCUCCUAUCUCUUUCCAGUUACAAAGCUGUGGCGUUUUCUCCCUAAUCAGAGGCUCAUGGGAUUUAUUGCAUUCUUAGAGUUAAAAACUAGACACCCUUAGACACUGUUAGUGAAGCCUUUCUCCGUUGUAGUCCUUUUUUUUAACCAUAUUCAAGUUCUUUGGCUUUUGUUGUCUCUUGUUUGGUUUUAGAUUUGAAGUUUGUUAAGUCUGCAAAGAAAAUUUAUGGGUUCUA